CUGUAAAUCCAAUGUUAUCUAUGUUUCAUAUAACUAUAAUUACGUUAAACUAAACGACAAAUCUGCCGAGCUUCGCUGCGAUAAAAAUAGAAGAAUUGAGAAAAAGUAGAAGAAUUAAGUCGUUUAUAAAUAUUUUUUGCUUAUGUCUUAAGUUAUGCAAAAAUACGAGAAGCUCGAGAAAAUAGGCGAAGGCACAUAUGGAACUGUAUUCAAAGCCAAAAAUAGAGAAACUCUUGAAAUAGUCGCUUUGAAAAGGGUUCGACUUGAUGACGAUGAUGAGGGAGUCCCAUCCUCCGCCCUUCGUGAAAUUUGUUUGUUGAAAGAACUUAAGCACAAAAACAUUGUAAGACUUUACGAUGUGUUACACAGUGAUAAAAAACUCACCCUAGUUUUUGAACAUUGUGACCAAGAUUUAAAAAAGUACUUUGAUAGUUUAAAUGGUGAUAUUGAUCUAGAUGUAGUGAAAUCUUUCAUGUACCAAUUAUUACGAGGCUUAGCUUUUUGUCAUAGCCAUAAUGUACUUCAUAGAGAUUUGAAGCCCCAAAAUUUACUAAUCAAUAAAAACGGUGAGCUUAAGCUUGCUGAUUUUGGUCUAGCAAGAGCAUUUGGUAUUCCAGUAAAAUGUUAUUCGGCAGAAGUUGUCACUUUGUGGUAUCGUCCCCCAGAUGUACUUUAUGGGGCUAAACUUUAUACCACAUCUAUUGAUAUGUGGUCUGCUGGAUGUAUAUUUGCUGAAUUGGCCAAUGCAGGGAGACCACUAUUUCCUGGAUCAGAUGUGGAUGAUCAACUAAGAAGAAUAUUCAAAUUAUUAGGUACUCCAACAGAAGACACGUGGAAUGGAAUGUCUCAGUUACCUGAUUACAAGCCAUUUCCAAUUUAUCAGCCUAAUAUGAGUAUAUCUCAGGUAGUACCUAAAUUAGGAAAUAGGGGUAGAGAUCUUCUUCAAAAGCUGCUAGUAUGCAAUCCAAUGGGUAGGAUGUCUGCAGAUGAUGCAAUGGCUCAUCAAUAUUUCAUUGACCUAAACCCAUCUGUAAAGAAUUAGUUGUUUCUUAACAAAAUUAUUACAUAUUAUGUGUGAGAUAUUAUGUUUUGAUAUAAACAAAAUAUGAUUUUGUAGUUUUCUAUUUAAUUUUUAAAGUAAAAGUAAUAUAUACAUUAUUUAAUACAUAUUUACACAAAACUGCUUUGGUCAUUGUACAUGGUAUUAUGCUGAUUUAUUUUACAAUUGUGCAACUUUCAGAGAUAAACAAUUUUAUUUUACUUAAUUUACAGUAGAGAAACUGGAAUAUACCAAGAUUUAGCAUAAUAAACAAAAAAAAACAUGAUGAUCUGAAACUUGAGUAAUUUACAAAAUAAUAGGUGAAGAGAAAAAAUUUGUUAUGAUUUAGAAAUGAAGUCAUACAGAAUAGUUUGCAUUUUAAGGAAAAUUCUAGAGGAAACAGAUUGGUAAAAAGAAAUAUCACAUUAACCAUUGGGUUUGUUAAUAUUAAUAGACAGAAAAUCAACCUCUCAUACCUGCACAACCUGUUUAGAUAGAAGUUUUAGUUGAACAUCUUUGUUGAAUGAAGGAUUUAGUCAGCUGUUCAUUUGGAAUACCGAACUUCCCCUCUUUGACCAUAUAUAUUUAAAGAUUAUUAUUGCCAAUAAUUUACUUGUUGCAUCAUACUUACUGAUUUUGGUUGAGCUUUGAUUAGGAUUUGUGUAGAAAAAAUGUCAAACUUAUUUAUUAUAUAUAUAUAUUGUCAUAUCUACAAUACGCAGUACAUCAAUAGAAUGUUUUGGUAAAAUAUUUAAAGCUAGGAAUAAUAUACAAGAUACAUAAAUUUGGCCGUCAAUAUCUGGCACACAUAGUUUUGCAUUGCAAUUACAAUUUUCCUAUAUAGAAAAAUGUAUCUAGUUACUCUAAAAAUUCUAAUACAAAAGGACUGACUCGACUGUGUAGUUAUAAAUUAUUCAUUUUGCAUUAACUAAAUUAUUUUCAAAAUUAACAAAAUUAUUUGGAUUGAUUUCAUUUUUAUAAGCUUUAAAAAUCUAUUUUGUUACAUUAUUUCAUAAUAGUUGAUAUAUGUGUUUCAAAUAAACCUUCAAAAAAUGUUACUGCUGUCAUAUUCUUAACAAUCGCCAAAAAUAAAACCUGCUUUAAAAUGUUUU